CGCCGCCGGGGUCCUAGCAGUCAGCUCCGCCUUCCACCGCAUGUGCCUGCAACGCGAUGCCGAAAUCCAAGCGCGACAAGAAAGUUUCCUUAACCAAAACUGCCAAGAAAGGCUUAGAACUGAAACAGAACCUGAUAGAAGAGCUUCGGAAAUGUGUGGACACGUACAAGUACCUUUUCCUCUUCUCCGUGGCCAACAUGAGGAACAGCAAGCUGAAGGACAUCCGGAGCGCCUGGAAGCACAGCCGGAUGUUCUUUGGCAAAAACAAGGUGAUGAUGGUGGCCUUGGGCCGAAGCCCAGCUGACGAGUACAAAGACAACCUACAUCAGGUCAGCAAGAAGUUGAGGGGUGAGGUCGGUCUCCUUUUCACCAACCGCACCAAGGAGGAAGUGAAUGAGUGGUUUACGAAAUACGCGGAAAUGGACUUCGCUCGAGCCGGAAACAAAGCAACUUUCACUGUGACCCUGGACCCAGGGCCCCUGGAGCAGUUCCCCCACUCCAUGGAGCCACAGCUGAGGCAGCUGGGCCUGCCCACCGCCCUCAAGAGAGGUGUGGUGACCCUGCUGUCCGACCACGAGGUAUGCAAGGAGGGCGAUGUGCUGACCCCAGAGCAGGCCCGCGUGCUGAAGCUUUUCGGGUAUGAGAUGGCUGAAUUCAAGGUCACCAUCAAAUACAUGUGGGAUGCACAGUCCGGAAGUUUCCAGCAGAUGGGAGAUGACUUGCCCGAGAGUGCGUCCGAAUCAGCAGAAGAAUCAGAGGGGGAGGACGACGGCUGACAGACACUUGGCCGGACUGUGGGACCGCCAUCCCGCUGGCCGAACAGCAGGGAGGGUACGAGGGAUAGACUGCUUUUUUGUCUGCGGGGGGCUCCUGUGGACAGCAGAGAGGACUUUUUCUAGGACAAAAGGUCUUUGCUUUGAGCUUUUGUUUGGAUUCCCUGGGUGCCUUUUGUUAACUUGGAGCCAGCUUCCAGCACGGCCUCCCACACGAUGGCUGGGGACCUCCUGCAUGAUGGCUGGGGACAUGGGGGCCACUGCCGGAGCCAGGGCUUCUCUAUUCUGGCCCUUGUGCCCCUCCUGGAAACGGGUUUGUCAAGGAGUAGAGGAACCCUGUCUACUCUUCCUCCCUCUUUCUUUCUCUUCCUCCACCCCCCCACCCCAUCCCGAACCAGGGCCAGGGGUCUAAUGACAAGGCAGGACACUUUCACUAAGAGUAAAGCCACUGCUGAAACCCAGAGCAGAUAUGAAAACUGUUCCACGGCAUUCUGGGAACUUUUAUUCUUGGGAGUGACUCAGUGGUAGGUUUUUGCCCAAGUUGUUCUUUGUGAAAGGAGCUCAGAAUGAGAGAAAACCUUCCAGGCACCCAGCUCUCCUUCUCUUAUGUGUGACAGAGCGAGGGCCAUUGCCAGCUGCCACGUCCAGAGGUCGGGCUGGAUUCCGGAGGGAGGCCAGGAGGUCUGUGCUCCUGCCCCCUCCCCACAAGCCCUUGGGAAGGACGAGCCCCAGGCUGCAGGCAGAGCCGGUGGGUGGUUGGGUCUAGCACCUUCUCUGUCCGGGCAGGACCCCCCUACAUGGAUCACAGCCCAGCCUUCUCAUGUGAAGGCAGCUGGGAGCACUGCAGCAGUGGAGGAAAUAAACAGCUUGUGAAUGGGGACUGGAGAACAGCACAGG